AAGCCUUCCACUUCCUGGCUCCGUCUUGCGACAUAGACUAUUGCCCAUACUACCAUCCCAAUGGAUGACGCUCAUGCGAGAUCCGUCGCUGAGGUUUUGGAAUGUUUUGGAGUAGAUCCUACUAAAGGUCUUACAGAUUCUCAGAUUGCAGAAAAUGCUAAAAUUUACGGCAGAAACGUGCUGCCUGAAGAGGGAAGUACUCCAUUUUGGAAAUUAGUUUUGAAGCAAUUUGAUGAUUUACUUGUUAAGAUAUUGAUUGGGGCUGCUUUAGUUUCUUUCCUUUUGGCUUUGAUUAAUGGAGAGACCGGCGUAACAGCAUUUUUGGAACCUUCUGUCAUCCUUUUGAUCCUGGCCGCAAAUGCUGCUGUAGGAGUGAUCACAGAAACAAAUGCUGAAAAGGCUCUUGAGGAGCUACGAGCAUACCAAGCUGAUGUUGCGACUGUGUUGCGGAAUGGUUGCUUCUCAAUACUACCUGCAACAGACCUUGUUCCUGGUGAUAUUGUCGAAGUAGGAGUUGGAUGCAAAAUUCCUGCAGAUAUGAGAAUGAUUGAGAUGCUAAGUAUGCAACUACGUGUUGACCAGGCAAUUCUUACAGGUGAGAGCUGCUCCGUCGAGAAAGAGCUUGAAUCCACUGUAGCAGCAAAUGCUGUGUAUCAAGACAAGACAAACAUUCUUUUCUCGGGUACAGUAGUAGUUGCUGGUAGAGCAAGAGCGGUUGUUAUUGGAGUUGGCUCUAACACUGCCAUGGGGAGUAUACGUGAUGCAAUGCUAAGAGCAGAAGAUGAAGUUACACCAUUGAAAAAGAAACUUGAUGAAUUUGGUACUUUCUUGGCCAAGGUUAUUGCAGGGAUUUGUUUCUUGGUGUGGGUUGUAAACAUUGGACACUUCCGUGAUCCUUCUCAUGGUGGCUUUCUGCGAGGAGCAAUUCAUUACUUUAAGAUUGCAGUUGCUCUUGCAGUUGCAGCAAUUCCUGAAGGGUUACCUGCUGUCGUUACAACGUGCUUGGCUCUUGGGACGAAAAGAAUGGCGCGGAUGAAUGCUAUUGUAAGGUCUUUGCCAUCAGUGGAGACCUUAGGCUGUACAACAGUAAUUUGCAGUGACAAGACUGGAACGCUUACAACCAACAUGAUGUCUGUGUCAAAGAUAUGCGUGGUACGUUCAGGACGCCAUGACCCUACGACUGAUGAAUAUAUUGUUAACGGGACCACAUAUGCACCAGAAGGGGUAAUUUUUGACACUGCUGGUAUGAAGCUUGAGUUUCCAGCUCAAUUGUCUUGUCUUCUUCACAUAGCAAUGUGUUCUGCGCUUUGCAAUGAAUCUACAUUACAAUACAAUCCAGACAAGGGAACCUAUGAGAAAAUUGGGGAGUCAACUGAAGUAGCACUUCGUGUACUCGCAGAGAAGGUUGGCCUUCCUGGUUUUGAUUCUAUGCCUUCAGCUCUGAAUAUGCUCAGCAAGCAUGAACGUGCAUCUUAUUGUAAUCGUUACUGGGAGAACCAGUUUAAGAAGGUCUAUCAAUUGGAUUUUUCUCGUGGCCGCAAAAUGAUGAGUGUCCUUUGUAGUCAAAAGCAAGUGCAGAUUAUGUUUUCAAAAGGUGCCCCUGAAAGUAUAAUUUCUAGAUGCACAAGUGUUUUGUGCAAUGAUGAUGGUUCUACUGUUCCACUUAAUAUUGACGUUCAAGCUGAGCUAGAUGCCAAAUUCCACAGUUUUGCAGGAAAAGAAACACUAAGAUGUUUGGCACUGGCCUUUAAACGAAUGCCCUUGGGUCAACAGGCACUUUCAUUUGAUGAUGAGAAGGAUCUUACAUUUAUUGGAUUGGUUGGGAUGCUUGAUCCACCAAGAGAGGAAGUAAGAAAUGCUAUGAUUUCAUGCAUGUCAGCUGGCAUACGGGUUAUAGUUGUCACAGGGGAUAACAAGUCCACAGCAGAAUCUCUAUGCCGUAAAAUAGGUGCUUUUGAUCACUUGAGAGAUUUUUCUGGAUGCUCUUACACUGCUUCUGAGUUUGAAGAACUUCCUGCCUUGCAGCAAACAAUAGCAUUACAACGUAUGGUACUCUUCACCAGGGUUGAACCAUCUCACAAAAGAAUGCUGGUCGAAGCCUUGCAGCACCAAAAUGAAGUGGUUGCAAUGACUGGUGAUGGUGUCAAUGAUGCUCCUGCACUAAAGAAAGCAGAUAUAGGAAUUGCCAUGGGAUCAGGGACAGCUGUUGCUAAGAGUGCUUCGGACAUGGUGUUGGCUGAUGACAACUUUGCGUCAAUUGUUGCGGCCGUUGCAGAGGGAAGGGCAAUAUACAAUAACACAAGACAGUUCAUCAGAUACAUGAUCUCUUCAAACAUUGGCGAAGUAGUUUGUAUUUUUGUGGCAGCUGUGCUUGGAAUACCUGAGACCCUUGUUCCUGUGCAACUACUUUGGGUCAAUCUGGUUACUGAUGGAUUGCCUGCCACUGCCAUUGGUUUCAAUAAGCAAGAUUCGGAUGUGAUGAAGGCCAAACCUCGUAAGGUUAGUGAAGCUGUUGUCACUGGAUGGUUAUUUUUCCGAUAUUCGGUUAUUGGAGCUUAUGUUGGUCUUGCAACUAUUGCUGGCUUCGUAUGGUGGUUUAUUUACUCUGAAAACGGUCCUAAACUGCCAUAUAGUGAACUGGUGAAUUUCGACACUUGUCAAACUAGGGAGACUGCAUAUCCAUGCAGCAUAUUUGAUGAUCGACAUCCAUCCACCGUAUCAAUGACGGUGCUUGUCGUUGUUGAAAUGUUCAAUGCCCUGAAUAACCUCAGUGAAAACCAAUCUCUUUUCGUAAUUCCUCCCUGGAGUAAUUUAUGGCUUGUUGCAUCAAUUUUCCUGACUAUGAUUCUUCACAUGCUAAUCUUGUAUGUGAAGCCUCUGUCAAUUCUUUUCUCUGUGACACCAUUAUCUUGGGCUGAUUGGACCAUUGUUCUCUACCUUUCUUUUCCUGUAAUAAUAAUUGACGAGGUGCUGAAGUUUUUUUCAAGAAAUCCCAAAGGCUUCAAGUUCAAUUUCAGAUACAGGAGACUGGAUUUACUCCCCAAAAGGGAAUCACGUGACAAAUGAUGGUUGGAGCCUCCAGUGAACCAAAUUACGUGCAUGAGUGGACUGGGCAAGACUCAAUUAGAUCAUGUGACACAUUGCAUAUAGGUCUCAUCUAAUCUUCAUGCGUUUGCCAUUAUGGAGUCAGAUAGAUGGUGAUGCUCAGAUGCUCAAGUAUACCGAUCCUACUGGAACAUUUAAGUGACUGGAAAUGGUUGACCAUGUCCUGUUGU